AUGCGGCACAAACUGGCUGGAGGCAUCAUCCUGGGAGUGGCCCUGUGGCUUCGGCAUGACUCGCAGACGACAAAUAUCCUCUACCUGCAUCUGGGCGAGAAGCAGGCCCCCAACACCUUCUAUGUUGGAAUCUACAUCCUGAUCGCGGUUGGAGCUGUGAUGAUGUUUGUGGGGUUCCUGGGAUGCUACGGCGCUAUUCAGGAGUCUCAGUGCCUUCUGGGAACGUUCUUCACUUGCCUGGUGAUCCUGUUUGCCUGCGAAGUUGCGGCUGGAAUUUGGGGAUUUGUCAACAAAGACCAAAUAGCCAAAGAUGUGAAGCAGUUCUACGAUCAAGCGUUUCAGCAGGCGCUCAUGGCAGAGUCGGACACGAACAACGGCAAAGCUGUGGUGAAGACUUUCCACGAAACGCUGGACUGCUGUGGUCCUGAUAAUGUAAUAGGAGCUACCGCUCCCCUGUGGAGAGAAGAUCUCUGCUCAAGAAAGGACUCCAUCCUGAAAACCUUGGAGAAUGUCAACUGCCACAAAAAAAUUGAUGAGCUGUUCUCUGGGAAGCUGUACGUUAUCGGUAUCGUUGCCAUCGUGGUCGCCGUGAUCAUGAUCUUCGAAAUGAUCCUGAGCAUGGUGCUGUGCUGCGGCAUAAGGAACAGCUCCGUCUACUGAGCCGUGAGAGCCGGGGAGGGGAAGGGGGGAGCAGGGCGGAUGGCGCUAGAGGGGACCCCAAGUGCCACCAAGUGACCAUGAGACAUUUCAACAAAAGACAAAGAAAACUAUGUAUAUAAAUACUUC